AUAUUCCGUCGGGUUUUUCAUCCGUACCUUUGAACUUUCCUUAAUAGGGGAACAAACAAUGGAGAGCGCCCUCGAUUCUUUAUGGAGCCCCCUUACGAACAGGCGUCGGCACUAAGCAAUAGGUCGACGUACAACCUUGUAUAAAGGUCACACCCAGGGACCCUAUCCUGUAACCACGCCUGAACCUUGAGCUGCUCAUGCGAUGGCGUCCGACGUUCCCCGACCAAAACAAGAUGGGAAAGCAGAGCAUCUCUACCAUGGUCUUGCCGUGAAUCUCUCGCCUGCACAAAUAAUUGCGGAGGCAUGGCAGCGGGAGUCCGCUCAAACUCAGGAAUUCUGGCGGCAGGCAGAGGCAAAGCGGAAGGAACGAUAUUCGGCCCCUCGACCUCCACGACCACGGAGUGGGAAGAUGUAGAUAAAGUUUAACGUGGAGGUAAGGAUUUGUUUUCUGUAAGGUCGUAACUGCUUACAACUGUUCGUAUUCUAACGGCUGCUCUUACCCAAGUUUCGACCUUCUUUGUAUAUAUCGUUCCUCACCAACACUACCCAUACGCAGCGUGAUUGCAAAAACACGGUUGUUGCUUAGUAUUUAAAUAGC